UGGUGGAGAGACGUUGAAUUUAAUAUCAGAUGUAAAAUCUCUUAUUCUUCCUUGGAUUACUUAUCUAUGAAGAUGACAUUAGAAGAAGUGGAUACAAUGCAUUCCUCUGUUGAUAACGGGAUCAGCAUUGCAGACGCUCUGCGAGGCACGCUCUUGAGGGCCAAAGAGCAGUCGAGGAUCACAUGUGGGGUCUAUGACACCGCCAAGCGCAUGGAGGUCGCCCCGGAGAACAUCAUGCUCUGCGUCAUGGCCGCUGAAGAUGUGAGCGACGUGACAAAGCAGAUCCACCUCACCCUCAUGGAAGCUUUGUGCUGGGAGAACGAAGUCCGUCUGCUCAAGGUGGACAGUAGCACAAAGUUGGCAAAGUUGAUCGGUGAUGUCAAGCCAAUCAUCGACAACAACGGCAACCAAAGAACCUUCAAAUCUGAUGACCUCAAGUGCCUGCUUAUUGAGUACCCUCCUGAUGAGCUCAGCACUGCUGAAGAGAACAUUAUCGAAUACUACAAGUUGGUGUGCAACACCUUCCCACAUCCAAUCGUGCCACUUCCAGCUUGAGCAAGACUAACACCACCUACAGUCUAGGAGUGUUACUACAAGCCUGUCACGACAUGACAAGAGAGACCUCUGAGCGUGUUCGUGACCAAUGCUGUUCAUCAUCAGAGGUUGCUUUGGUGUGGUGCUGAAGCUUCCAAUGGACAAUUGACCAAUGUUAAUGAUGGUUUAGCGUCACCGUGAACCGGAGGGGGGUGACGCAAGGUGUGGCAUAUAUGGCAGAAAGAUUGAGGUAAUAGAAGUGGUACAUACUGUUUGCAUUUCGUCAAGCAGCCCAGUCAAGGUGAUGAAGUGAUAUGUCAAGGACUGAUGGCGGCAUGAACUGCUGAUGGACUUGAAAUAUCAAACAACGGAUUAUAUUACAUAUGACCAAUCUGCAAUCGAUGGACUAUAAAACAUCUAUGAAUGGAUUAUGACCAAGAACAAUAGACUUGUGAAUGGACUAAAUCACUCUGCCUAUGACUUGAACAGUCUUGUGACCCAAUCAUAUGGACUAACAUCUCAUGGACUACCUAAUAUUGGCUAUGUUAUCAAAUCACAUGGAAUGAAUCUAUCACAUGGACUUGUGAAACUAUAUGUCAUGGAGAAGGAGACAAGUCAAUAGUGACAAUACAUUUUAGUUGUUAUCGAGUGGACUAACAUUGUGAUAAGGGAGUUGCCUUGUUGAGAAGUGGCUGUGUUAUGAUGUAAUGGACUUCAUGCUUGGACUAUCGAAACACUUUCUAUGGAUAACUGCUGAAAUAUGACUAGUUUUUUAAAAUUGUUCAUUACUUGAAUGUCUUCAUAUCUACAUGUACUAUAAAUCUUCCUUGGUUGAGACACUGUAAGAAAGAAAACAAACCACUCUUGUUUUAGAUUGAAACAAUCGCUGAAGGACCAUUCUCUGGAUUGAUAUAUAUCGGUUGUUUUAUCACAAGAGUCAAAUAAUGAAGGACUUUGCAACUUUUAAAACAAUGUCACAAUAGCUCCAAUCCAGGUGUAGACCAAUGUACAAUGUAGUGUGAUAGCUACCACUUUCCUAAUAGUAGGCCAUGAACGUUGUGUACUUUGGUCCACUUGAUCUUUCUUGGAAUUACCGUGGCACACUUGGCCUACUUACUUGUUUACUGUAGGCUUCAUGAACAUUUCCUUUCAUCCUGGUUAGGUUUAAUGUCAGUGGAAAUUGGCUAUCAUAUUUUAGUAGUGUAAUCUGCGGAAAUGUCAUGUCCUGGCAUUUUAAAACUACUUAAUUAUUCAUGUUUCUCGUGAAUGUUUAUACUAUGGUGAGUGAACUUGAAUCGUUAUCAUUUAUCAGGUCUGCCUAUAGACCUAUAUUUCUGGUUCUGUUCUAGGUCAUCCUAUAGUGCUUGGAGAGUUUGAAAUGCCAUGUUCCAAUCGGUGAUCCCAUAGUGCUUUGAGAAUUUGAAAUGCCAUAUUCCAAUCGGCGAAAUGUCACUCAACUGAUGUGAUGUAUAAAACUUUAAAGAAUCUUAUUCAAGUCGUUAUCAUACAAUAAUUCUUAAGGUAAAUGUUAUAGGUGACAAUUGUAGUCCUGAGAAAAUGCAUGUAAAUUAUAUUUUUCUAUUCUUGAAUCCAUCCAAAAUGCAUGUACAUAUUGCGAUUACUUUGUUAGUCUUGCCAGAUUGAGAAGAAUAAACUAAACCAUUGUAUUUUA